AGCGCUAACACGUUUAAGGCACCUGCGCGGAGCUUGCGUAAGCUACUUCCCUGAGAGAGGCGGAGGAGGCGGGCCCGAGCAACCUCCGCCUCCCGCCCCUUCAGAGGCUUGCCAAGAUGGCGGGUGGCGAGAGCGACGAGGAGGAGGAAGAGCUGGUGAGCUUCGGCACCCCGUUGGAGCCCCUGGAGGAGGGUGAACGAAUUAAGAAACCAGUUCCUCUACAAGAACAGACUGUCAGAGAUGAGAAGGGACGGUACAAACGUUUUCAUGGAGCAUUUAGUGGUGGUUUCUCUGCUGGCUACUUUAAUACUGUGGGCUCAAAAGAAGGAUGGGCACCAUCAACCUUUGUAUCAUCACGUCAAAACAGAGCAGAAAAAACAGCAUUGGGGCCAGAAGAUUUUAUGGAUGAAGAGGAUCUUAGUGAACAUGGGAUAGCACCAAAGGAAAUCUCAAUUACAGAUGAAUUUGCUUCCAAAAACAAAGAUAGAAUAAAAGAGAAGGCCAGACAAAUUGCAAGAGUUAUUGACCCAAUCCCUGGAGCCACUGUGCUGGAUGAAUUUAUAGCACCCGCAAAAAUAACCAUUGGUGUUGACUUGUUGAGAAAAAUGGGCUGGAAAGAAGGACAAGGAGUCGGACCUAGAGUAAAGAGAAAACCACGCAAACAAAAGCCUGACCCUGAAGUGAAAAUAUAUGGCUGUGCUUUGCCCCCAGGAUCUGAGGAUUCAGAGGAAGAAGAGGACGAAUAUCAGCCAGAAAAUGUGACAUUUGCACCCAAAGAUGUAGUGCCUGUAGACUUGAUGCCUAAAGAUAACGUCCAUGGACUUGGUUACAAAGGGUUAGAUCCCAACAAAGCCUUAUUUGGAACUUCAGAAGAGCACAUCGACCUUUUUAGUCCCAGUUCUGAAAAUUCAGAUGUGCUUGGUGAUCUGCGUCACAGUAAAGGACGGAAGCUUGGUAUUUCAGGCCAGGCAUUUGGUGUAGGAGCUUUAGAGGAGGAAGAUGAUGACAUUUAUGCUACUGAAUCACUUUCUAAAUAUGAUACUGUUCUGAAAGAUGAGGAGCCUGGAGAUGGGUUGUAUGGAUGGACAGCACCCAAGAAGUAUAAAAGCAAGCAAGGAACUGAAAGAGAACUUAAGUACAUCGGGAAAAUUUUGGAUGGUUUCUCACUCACAUCUGAGCCAGUAACUUCCCCAAAGAUUUAUCCUCCUCCUGACCUGCCAAGGGAUUACAGACCAGUCCAUUACUUUCGACCUGUGCUAAAAGCUAGCAGUGAGAAUUCCCACUUGGUGCAGACAUUAGCAGAAUCCACAGGGAAACUUGAGAUUGAUCCAGCCUUCCAAAGCAGACACCAAAAGACUGCUUCUCAGAGGAGGGAAUUGCUGGGUGAGACUAGUCUUAAAGGUCCAGCAACGUCUGUUCUAGAAUAUUUAUCAGAUAAAGACAAAGAGAGAAUCCAAGAAGUGAAACAGGCAACAGAACAGCACGUGAAAGCUCCUGUGCUGUCUCAGCAACCAUUGCAUAACAGACACCAGCUGCCUGCUUUACAUGAUACUCCACAGAAGUGGCAAUUGCUGUUGGGGAUGCAGGUGGCCACAACCAGUUCUAGUGACUUCAAACCAUUUGCAAAAAAUCCAGAAAAACAAGAGAGAUAUGAAAAUUACAUAGAAAGUCUUAAACAUGGAAAGAAAGAUGUACUAGAAAGCUGUUUGGAUCCAAGUAUGACAGAGUGGGAGCGUGGAAGAGAACAAGAUGAGUUUUCCCGUGCUGCAGUGCUCUACAAGCCUUCCAGUUCUGUCUUAUCCUCAAGGUUUACCACUGCUAAGCAUGAGGAUGACACUGACAAAGUAGAAGUUCCUCGAGAUGAAGAGACUGCUGUUGAUGACAAAGAAGCUGCUGCAAAGAUGAAGAUGUUUGGCAGACUCACAAGAGAGAAGUUUGAGUGGCACCCUGACAAACUGUUGUGCAAAAGAUUUAAUAUCCCUGAUCCCUAUUCAGAGUCAUGUAUUGUUGGACUGCCCAAAGUGAAACGUGACAAAUAUUCUGUAUUCAAUUUCUUGACGGUAUCGGACUCCGCAUCAAGGACAUUGAGCCAACCCACAAACGUAGGAGUGCAACAAAAUAAUACUUCAAACAAGCCAAAGAAGCCAUCGAGAUGGGAUGUUUCUGACAAAGAGAAGAAGAAAAACGAUGCUAUUAGUGAGUUCAUAAGUUUGGCUAGAACAAAGGUUGUUCAGGAGGAGCAACCGCCAACGCCAGUUGAAGCAAAGGACAAAAACAGAACUAUUGAAGCUAUUGCCAAUAAGGCAGUGAGUGAAAGUACUGGCCAGAGUGAAAAAACAAUAGAAGAAGAAGAGAGCAGGCCAUCUAUGGAUUUAUUUAAAGCCAUCUUUGCCAGCUCCUCAGAUGAAAAAUCAUCUGAAGAAGAGAGUGAUGGAGAAGAGCAAAUGACAACGACAGAACCGGAUUCUGAAAGUAUGAAGCAUUGUGAUCUGCCAAGUGCUCCUUCAACUAAUAUAGAAGAAAGUGACGUUAUCACACCCAAGCUUCCUGUUACCUUAACUCCACCCUCCGUGGAUGUAGUUGAUCAAGGAGAAGAAUUUGGACCAAGAUUGCCUCCAGUUGUUUCUUCUGACACUCCUUUGAAGCAUGAGGAAAUAAAACUUACAAGUUCUUCUGAAGCCACUAAGAAAGAGAAACCUAAAAGGAGCAAAGAAAAACACAAGACCAAAAGAGAGCACAAACACAAAAAGGAAAAGAAAAAGAAACACAAAAAAUACAAACACAAGGGCAAACACAAGAAUAAGAAAUCGGAGAAGAACAGCAGCUCAGGCACUGCUGAUAGCAGUGACAGCAACAGUGAGGAAGAGGCUACAGAAGUACCACCACAGGAACUUUUAAGAAGGCUGAAACAUCUUCCACUUGUAAAGCGAUAGCUUGGAUUCUUAGACAUCUUGCAUCUUUUGAUGUCAAAACAGAUCUCCUCUAUGAUGGUAGAUCAACAGUAUAAAGCAUAUUUGAAUGUUUUGUAAAUACUGUAUUUAUGUUGGCUUUGAUAGCAUAAAAACAUCUGUUUAAUUUGUGUUUUCAGAGUUAAAAAUCAAACGAAAUGUGGUUUAUGCUAGAAAAGGUAGUUCAACCUCAUUGUAAUAUGAAAAAGAAUCAUGAAAGUUCUGCAUUUUAAUGAAGAUGAGCAUGAAAUUUUUUUAA